CUCAACCAGACAGUAGCCGGAUCAAGAGAUUGUGCAAGAAGAUAAGUUAAUGCUCGUCUUUGCGACUUACAAUCAACCAUGGAACUCUCCACUCCAAACUUUACUUCUUCUCCGAAAAUGCAAAGCCUUAAACGAUGUGAACCAGGUCCACGCGCGAAUGAUAACAACUGGAUUAAUCAAAAACACUACUCUCACUACCAAAAUCGUGGCCACUUUCUCUUCUUCAUCGUUCACGCCUCUCCUUGAAUUCGCACGUUAUAUUUUCUUCACGCGUCACGCUUUUCGAAUUUAUAGAAAAUACGAGGACCCUUUUCUUUGGAAUGCUAUAAUCAAAUCCUAUUCUCACGGGCUUCAUCCAGGACGAGCCUUGGCUGUGUUCUGUUUAAUGCUUGAAAAUGGAGUUUGUUUUGAUAAUUUUUCAUUGUCUUUGGUUUUGAAAGCGUGCUCUCGGAUUGGUUUGGUUAAGGAAGGAAUGCAGAUUCAUGGCUUGUUGAGGAAAAUAAAAUUUGGGUCGGAUUUAUACUUGCAAAAUUGUUUGAUUGCAUUGUAUUUGAAAUGUGGAUGUUUUGAAUCUGCUCGUCAAGUUUUUGAUAAAAUGCGUAUUAGAGACUCGGUUUCAUAUAAUUCAAUGAUUGACGGGUAUGUAAAGUAUGGUAAAAUUGACUCGGCCCGCGAAAUUUUCGAUUCUAUGCCUAUGAAAGAGAAGAAUUUGAUAUCUUGGAAUUCAAUGAUUAGCGGUUACGCGCGGUGGGAAGGCGGACUCUAUAUUGCUCGGGCACUGUUUAAGAAAAUGCCUGAAAGAGACUUGAUUUCUUGGAACUGUAUGAUUGAUGGGUGUGUAAAGUGUGGAAAAAUGGAUGAUGCUCAGGCUUUGUUUGAUGAGAUGCCAAAGAAAGAUGUGGUUAGUUGGGCUACUAUGAUCGAUGGGUAUGCAAAAAUAGGUAGGGUUGAUAUUGCUAGGGCUUUGUUUGAUGAAAUGCCUGAGAGAGAUGUUGUUGUGUGUAAUGCCAUGAUGGCUGGUUAUCUUAAAAACGGGUAUUGCAUGGAAGCUUUAGGAAUCUUUCAUGAUAUGCAAUGCGGGGGUGAUUUGUGUCCUGAUCCUGCAUCAUUGUUAGUUAUUCUGUCAGCAAUUGCACAAUUAGGACAUAUUGACAAAGGGAUAGCUAUACAUAGGUAUCUUGAACAAAAUGAAUAUUCUUUGAAUGGGAAACAUGGUGUCGCUCUCAUAGACAUGUAUUCUAAAUGUGGCAGUAUUGAAAAUGCUAUUUCUGUUUUUGAGGAUAUAGAAAAAAAAACUGUUGAUCAUUGGAAUGCUAUGAUCAAUGGAUUGGCCAUUCAUGGAUUAGGUGAAUUGGCUUUUGAUAUGCUAAUGGAGAUGGAGAGGUUGCUUAUAGAACCAGAUGAUAUCACCUUCAUUGGAGUGUUAAAUGCUUGUGGCCAUGCCGGCUUGGUGAAGGAAGGUAUUUUGUGUUUUGAGCUGAUGAGAAGAAUUCAUAAGAUGGAGCCUAAGCUGCAACAUUACGGAUGCAUGGUUGACAUUCUUGGCCGCUCAGGGCACAUAGAAGAAGCUAGAAAAUUAAUCGAGGACAUGCCCAUUGAGCCAAAUGAUGUUAUCUGGAGGACUUUGCUUAGUGCUUGUCAAAAUCAUGAAAACUUAACUGUUGGUGAGCCUGUGGCUAAGCAUCUCAUGGGGAUGGAUUCCAGUAAUUCAAGUUCUUAUGUACUUCUGUCUAAUAUGUUUGCCGGUCUUGGUAUGUGGAAUGAUGUCAGAAGGGUUAGGACGACAAUGAAAGAACGAAACCUAAAGAAAAUUCCAGGUUGCAGUUGGAUUGAACUUGAGGGAGCUGUUCAUGAAUUCUUUGUGCAAGAUAAGUCUCAUCUCCCAGUUACAGAGAUCUGUUCCAUGUUGAUAAUGUGCGGACGCUAG